ACCCCCUCGCUUCACCUGGUCAAGCAUUCCCUUCUCAGGCAUCAAGCUAACCGGCAAAAUAUCCCUCUGGCAGUAAUUAUUGGGCGAAAAUGCCAUCCGAGGAUGCAAAAACAGUGAAGAAGGAGAGGGUUAAAGACGAAGAUGAAGAGACUUUGGAUUCCCUUAAGAAGAAAAAGCCCAACAAUGCCACCCAAAAAGAAGCCAAAGCCAGAACUAAGAGAGUGAAGAAAGAAGAAGCAGAUGAAGAUUUUGAGCAGAGCCCUCCGAAGAAAAGCUCAAACAAGUCCUCUGAUAAGGUGCAGAAAAGGAGGAAGAAAGAGGACGAGACAAAGAAGAAGGAGGCUAAAGAAACUGAGCAAACAGCUAAGAAAAGAGAAAAGAAAGUUUAUGAUUUGCCUGGUCAGAGGAGAGAACCUCCGGAGGAGAGAGACCCAUUAAGGAUUUUCUACGAGACUUUAUAUAAGCAAGUACCAAACAGUGAAAUGGCAGCAAUCUGGAUGAUGGAAUCUGGUCUGCUUCAAAAGGAGGCGGCGAAGAAGAUUUUUGAGAAGAAACAGAAAAAGGCUCCGCAACAAAAAGUCAAGUCACCUGUGAAAGCUGUUGGUACCGUCAAGAGCAAAGUUGAUUCUGUUACCAUCAAGAGGAAAACAUCAUCUGCAGUUUCAACCCAGAAAAAGAGGACA